UAGCCACACAUAUACGUCACUUUAUAGUGCGGCGUGCGUGAAGCAGGUCGCUCUCUCCUCUCUCGAUCGUCCGAUCGGAAACAGAAAUAAUCACAUCAAACGUGCUCAUCGCACGAGUUUAAGACGAAUUAUUAUAUAUGUCAGCAGUGUGAUAUUCGCGUGAUAACCGUUCACCGGGCCAUACCACGAAAAUCCGCUAAAUCUUCCGGCGAGGACGCUGCAAGCACACGAUUUAUAGGUAGAACAUAUAGAUACCAUGGCGGAAAUCAAGAAGGUUUUCGUCACAGGCGGCGCAGGAUACAUCGGCAGCCAUUGCGUACUGUCGCUGCUGGAAGCCGGCUACGACGUGGUGGCCAUCGACAACUUCGCAAACAGCGUCGGCAAGGAGCAGGCCGCCGCCAGCCUAGAUCGAGUGCGGCGCAUCACCGGCAAGGAGAUCACUUUUUACAAGUGCGACCUGUUGGACAUCAAGCAGCUGGACGGCAUUUUCGACAAACAUACGUUCGACUGUGUUAUACACUUUGCUGCAGUGAAAUCGGUCGGCGAAUCGAUGAAACAACCUCUCAUGUAUUACAAGAAUAACAUAAUAGGCGCCAUGAAUCUUUUGGAAGUGAUGGCCUCUCACGGAUGUUACCAGUUAGUGUUCUCCAGCUCGUGUACCGUUUACGGGAACCCAUCAUCUUUGCCCAUAACUGAAAGUCACCCAAUCGGCAAUGUCACCAAUGUGUAUGGCCGCACGAAAUAUUUUAUCGAAGAGAUACUCAGGGACGUCGUAAACUCCGAACAAAAGUGGAACAUCGUGAGCCUGAGGUACUUCAAUCCGGUAGGAGCUCAUUCAUCGGGAUUGAUCGGAGAAGACCCAACGACCAACUUUUCAAACUUAAUGCCGUACAUAGCGCAAGUGGCGUUGGGGAAAAAGCCUGAGUUGUCAAUCUACGGUGGAGAUUAUGCAACCCCCGACGGCACCGGCAUAAGAGAUUAUGUUCAUGUGAUGGACUUGGCCGAAGGGCAUGUGGCAGCUUUAAAAAAAUUACAAUCAAAGCAUGCGCAUUUACAGGUUUAUAACUUAGGAAGUGGACAAGGAACUUCUGUAUUGGAUUUUGUAAAAACCUUUGAAAAAGUAACAGGUGUCAAAAUACCAUACAAAAUUGAAGCACGCCGCUAUGGUGACAUAGAAUCAAUGUAUGCCAAUUGUGAUUUUGCAAAAGUUGAUCUCGGUUGGACAGCUAAAUAUACCUUAGAAGAUAUGUGCAGAGACUUUUGGAAAUGGCAAACCAUGAAUCCAAAUGGUUACAAGUCAAAUAAUACAGCAAGUAUGAAUGGUACAACAGACGGACAUUAAAUUAAUAUUGAAAUUACCUUUAGUCUUUAGAACGAUGGUCAGUGUAAUAUGAUUUUUUUUCUGUUCGUCCAUACUAAUAAACAUUUGUCAUUUUUAAAUGCAGCUAAACAGCAGUAGAACAAUUUAGAAUAUUUUUCUGGCAAAGAUGAAAUAGUUAUCAUAGUUUUAAGCCAUUCAAUAAUCCUAGAAGACUAUAAAAUAAUAAUUUUAACAAAGAAAAACAAACUUAAAAUAGCAUUCUUACCUGUGAUGUAUUUUUAGAAUAUGUUGCUAAAGCUACAGGAAAAACUGAACAAUUUAGUUUCCUGACAUUUUUGAAACUUACGCUGUCAUAUCCUGAUAAUGUGCUUAUGAGAUUAAUGAAAACUGAACAUAAUACAUCUAAUAAAUCCUGAAAUAAACAUUUAAAUAAGA